AUUUACUCUUAAUCUCAUCUCUCGGUAACAGAUACAAGACAAUGGUCCCGUGUCAAAUUAGAAGGGCCUCAGCCUAUAGAAAGAUGUGGACAUACUGCAAUAGCUCAAGAUGGAAUUAUGUAUAUUUGGGGAGGGCAACAAGAUGGUCAUUAUUUUAAUGACCUAUUUUUUUUCAAUACCAGCACAUUCAAUCAUACGCCGAGAUGGGAGCAAGUUAUCUACGCCAGUAGCGAAUGCCCUCAACCGAGAUCAGGACAUAUUUCUGUUAUUUUUGAAAAUAAGCUAUACAUAUUUGGAGGUACAAAUGGUAGACAUUUGUUCAAUGAUAUUUGGUCUUUCGACUUACAUUCAAGAGUUUGGACAAGAAUUGAAGCAGAUGGUUUCAUUCCUAUAGCUAGAGAAAGCUGUGCUGCAGCGAUGUCGGAUGACGUUAUUUAUAUUAUUGGAGGAAAGGCCGAAAAUGGCGUGGAACUGAAUGAUUUAUGUGCUUACAAAAUUAGAAGUAGACGUUGGUUCAAGUUUCAAAAUAUGGGUCCUUCUCCUUCACCUCGUUUUGGACUCACGAUGACAUCAGUGAACAAUCGGUUGUUUGUCAUAGGUGGUGACAACGAGAAUGCGAAAAUGGAAGACGCUUCAUUAAUUUACAUAUUGGAUUGCUUAAAGAUUAAAUACCCUGCAGAUACCCCACUUCCUCAAUCACAGCCAUCCGUCAAUCAGACACAGAACAACAACCAAAAUGUUAACCCAACAAAUAACAUGUAUCAACAACAACAGCAAACAUCUUACGAGACAUCUAUAACGAAACCGCUGCAACACCAAAAACAAUAUGAGCAGAUGCCACCACAAAAUAGUCAGGAACAGCCUAUACAAUCAGUCACUCAACCUAGCUCACCUACACAGCAGCAAAGUCAGCAAUAUUCUCUUGCUGCUACUGCUGUUAUGAACAGUGUUAAUAAUAUUCGAAAAGAUGGAGAUAGUUCGACGUAUUAUAGCAGUAAUGACAGUCCAUCGUCACCGAUAAGUGAUAACAGUAGCCCUUCAAGCGCUUCACCUCGUCAUAGGUCAUUUUUCCCAGACUCUCAAAUCUCUCCCCAACAGACACCACCCGUUCGACCUCCACGGCAUAUCUCGACUGUUCCUGAAGCAGCAUUAAGACGCCCUCGUGGAGCCUCCCCUUUGCCAUAUACCGAAUCAGAGAUCGCCUCUGACGCUCGCCGUCAUUAUCAACCGCCUAUUUCGUCACCCACUCCUAUGGAAAAGCAAAAUAGCAACUUGUCCGUUCCUGAUUCUCUUAACGCAAACCAACCAGUAGACAGUCGAAGCUCACCGAACUUUAGCAACAAUUUAACGCCGCCCCCAAGACCUUCUCGUGAUGGUGUAGGUUUAGGAAAUGUUCAACGAAACACAGUAAUGUCGCCUACCGACGUUCAUCAUAGAGUAGCAACGUCGGAACAACAUGAUCAAGAUGAAAUACAGCGCCCAAAAUCGCAAAUACCUACGAGUAACAGCCAGCUUCAGUAUCAUCAUCAACCAUUACAACAACCAUCUGAACCAAUUUCUGAACGUUCGCCCAAUCGUCAACAUGACAGCCUAGCAUCACCCAAUAGCACAUCUCCGUCUCCUAAACCAAGCAAGUCAGUACAGAUUCAACAACAGACAACCACUAGUACCAGUACUGGGAGCAAUAAUGCAACCAGCACAGCAGCAAUUCAAGCGGCCAAUAUAGCGGUUGCAGAAGAACGCCAAACGCUUUUACGUGAAAUUGCAACUCGUGACACAAUCAUUAGCGAAAUGAAAAAGAAAGAGAAUUGGUGGAGAAUGGAAGUCUCAUUAGCACGUAAAUUGCGGCAGUCUCUAAAAGAGCCCUUUGAUGACGGUUUCGAUGCCGAUGAAGCCUUCUUGAUGGAUAUUGACCAUUUUAGCAACGACAAAGCUAAAUUAUUUGAGCAACUGGUUUCUGUUAAAAGUGAAUUGCGACGUGUCAAAGCAAGCAUUUCAAAGCAAGCUCAGCCUAUAUCAGAAAAGGUGGCCCAAGCAGAUCGAAUGCGUACAGCUGCUUUACAGGAAGCAGCCUAUUUCAAAAGCAAAUAUCUGGCACUGAAAGCACAUCGACAGCAGGAAUUAGAUACAGUAACGGAAGCAAGAUGUGAUGAUUUAGAAAAACGACUAGCCAUUGCCUUAUCGGAAAAUGAAGCGAAGCAUAAAUUAUUGCAGCAGUUACAAAAGCGCUCUCAGCAUGACCAAACAGCCAGACAAGCGACAGAAGAAAGGGCUCGUGAGGCGAAUCAACGUGCUGAAGAAGCUCAACAAGCACAUCAAAGGGCAUUGGAAGAAUUGCAGCUGGUGUACAGUCGCGCCACAAAAUCCGAAAUGCAAAUAAGGGACAAUGCCUCAAAAAUCGCUGAUUUAACCCAACAGUUAAGGGAUGCAUUGUUGGCUUCUCAACCCAUAAGCAGAAGCCAAGAACUGGCCGAAGCACAACUAAAAGCCUCUCAAUUGGAGGCUGCCAAUCUUAAAGCACGUAACGAUGCUGCAGUCUUGAGACAGAAGUUAGCUGAGCAGAACGAUGAGAUAGCCCGUUUAAGAACACUUGUUCAAGAACGAGAAGACGCUUUAUCAGAAGCAAAGCUUCACACUGAAGAUUAUGAAAUUCAACUAAGAAUGAUGAGAGAAGCCAUCAACAACCAGCAACAGCAACAAAAGGCUGCACGCGCUACCGCUGCUGCUGUGAACAACAAUGAAAUCUCACCAACAAAAGCAUAUUAGACAUCUAUACACAAAAUUCAUAAUAGAUCUUGAAAAUAUUUAACGUAUACUCCUACUAUUGGUUAUAAUCAUAUAUUCCCCAUCUUUAGCUUAAUAAUAAAACAAUAUCACUUUCCAAGUCAAAUCCUUCCCUCUUUGCUCUCAACUGAUUUUCAAUUCUGCUCAAUACUACAAAAUUCAAAAAUCACAACUGACAAGCUCGAUGCGGGAAUAUUUAGCCUUUUAAUGCAAACAAUGGAAAGACUAUAAGAAUACAAUUAAAAAAUCAUAAAUAAAAAUACACAUGUAUAUACAAAGUUUUAUCCUUCACGCCAUUGAUGUUGACAAUCAUCGUUGCAGCACUUGUAGAAAAUCGAGGAAGGUUCAUCUGCAGAACGAAUUUGAAUCAUCAUGAAAUAAGCUUUAUCAUGUUCGCAUUUUGGGCAAGUAGCUAUUAAGAAAGAAUAAGAUUAGCCAAGUGGAUCAGGUCACUGAUUGUCUUUGCA